CUCCGGUAUUGUGAACAGGAGACCGGGCUGGAUGGGAAAAUAACAGUUAAUUGUACAGAGGAAACCCAUUUGAACCCUAACCCAUAACAGUCAAACCACCCCCCAAAAGAUGGAAGAAAAGCUGAAUGGAUCACUGCCUGUUGUGUCCCCGGAGUAUCUUCAUCAGUGGGUUCAGUCUGCUCAGCAGUUCCACGCUCUUCAGGCGCAAUAUUCGGGCUUCAACCACAACCAACAGUUUCACUACUCGGAUACACAGACGGGAGACGCAGCCAUGGCCAACAUGGCUAAUUCAGAGCCCAUGAUGGAUCAACCAGAACCUGCUAGCCUGGCAAAAGCUCCAGCCAAAAAGAGAGGCAGACCAGCCCAACCCAAGGCACCCAAGCCACCCAAGCCACCGAAAAUACCUAAGGCACCAAAGCCGCCUAAAGAACCAAAAGCGCCUAAAGAACCAAAAGCGCCUAAAGCCAAACCCGGCCCUAAGCCAAAGAAGGGCACCGAGGCUCCAGCAGACGGCAAACAGGAGAAGAUAGAUGAGAGCUUCAAGAAGGUGAAGCGGAAAGUUGACCGCUUCAAGGGAAUGACAGAAGAGGAAGUCUUGAAAAGAACUCUACCAGACCUGCUGGAUUACAACCUAGACUAUGUCAUUAUUGGUAUCAAUCCAGGGCUGGUGGCAGCUUACAUUGGACGUUGGUUUCCUGGCGGGGGAAAUCAUUUUUGGAAGUGCCUGUUUCUGUCCGGAUUUACUGAGGAGCUGCUCAACCACAAUAGCGACACCAGCCUGCCUGUCAAGUACAAGAUGGGCUUCACAAACAUGGUGGAGCGGGCAACACCAGGGAGCAAAGACCUCUCAACUAAAGAGUUACGUGAAGGAGGCAAAAUUCUCGUAGAGAAGUUGAAGAAAUACAAGCCUCUUAUUGCUGUUUUCAAUGGAAAAUGCAUCUAUGAAAUGUUCUGCAGAGAGAUGUAUGGUAAAAAACCAAAGAAACUUGACUUUGGUUUGCAACCGCACACGAUCCCAGACUGUGAAACGGCUCUGUAUCUGAUGCCUUCCUCCAGCGCUCGUUGCGCUCAGUUCCCUCGUGCUCAGGACAAAGUGCACUUCUACAUCAAGCUGAGGGAGCUACGCGAUCAGCUGAAGGGCGUCAAAAAAAGCACAGAGAUUGAGGAGGUUGACUACGCAUUUGAUCUGAAGCUGGCUAAAGAGGAUGCCAAGAGGUUAGCCAUAAAGGAGGAGAACUAUGACCCUGGUUAUGAAGAUGCUUAUGGCGGAGCAUAUGCUGAGAGAGGACCUGAAGAGGGCCCGGCCAAGCCCCAGACCAAUGGUCACUGUACUUUCUCAACUGCAGAAAACACAGAGGGAGCACAGGAGGCGAGCACAUCGCAAAUAGCAGUGGGCCAGCUUCCAGACGGACAGUGGAUGACCCAGUCCUUCGCUGAUCAGAUCCCGGACAUCGAUGGUGGCGUGAAAGACGCCAGCGCAUGAGGAGCGAUAAUGUCCUUGCACUGACAUGCAGACACUAGCGCCAACUCAGUCCUUCACCUCUUGUGUCAGGUCUUAGAUUUUUAUCAAUUCUUUAUUAGUAUCCGAGUGGAGUAUACGCUCAUAGAUGGACUUUUUAGACCUUUUUGCAGGAUGUUGUUCCUGCAUUUUAUUUUCGGUUGUGAUCUUGUAUACAUGUACGAUCAUCUUCAUGGCAGUCGAUUUUAAACAUGUGAAAUCAGGGACUUGACAAUGACGCUUGACUGCCAUUGGAGAAGGUCACGUAUUUAAACAUUAUUUUGCCUUUCUGUACUGUACUGUAAUAUACUGCACUGUGGAGCAGUAUGUGUAAACAUUCACGUCUACUGUUUUGACAGUAGAUCAAAUUGCAGAUGGUUAUUUUAUAGGCUCGGCAGAUCAGUGUGAGCCUGAAUGACCCUCUGUGAAAUGGGGAUUCAGCGAGCAUUACUAUUUUUACAUUCAUGGUGAGAUGAACUGACCACGAUGCAAUGUGAUCACUCUGUGAAACGAGACUCAUCAGGCAUGUUUGAGACACCACAGAGUGAACCUCCGACGAGCUUUUCAAUGUUACAAAACCCAACCUGGUUUUUAUUUGAUCCGUUUAUUGCUUUAGGAGUUUUAGAAUUAUGUUUUGUAUGUUUACGGAAAUGUCAUUCACAAGGAAUUUUAUGAAACAUUUGUCCAUUAAAAUGU